CCCCCCCUCCCGUCAGCCCCCGGGCGUCCCGAGUCCGCAAUGGCGGCGCCGAGCGGUGCAGCGUGACUAGGAGUCCCGCGGCCCGUUGGCUUUUGCUGGGCUUGCGGGUGUGUGACCCGGGAGGAGGCCCCAACCUGGGCCUGGCCACUGUGGGUCGCCGUGAUGGCCUCGAGAUUCGCGACUGUCCUCCCUUCCGCCCCCACCACCCAAGGCCUUGUAGGUCUUCAUGUCCUGUACUGCGAGUGAUGAGGAAAAAUGUCUUGUUUCAGCCUUAUUUAGUGUCUCUGACAAAACGGGCCUCGUGGAAUUUGCCAGAAACCUAACUUCUGUUGGUUUGCAUCUGAUCGCCUCUGGAGGGACUGCGAAAGCUCUGAGGGAGGCGGGCCUGGCAGUCAGAGAUGUCUCUGAGCUGACGGGAUUUCCUGAAAUGUUAGGGGGGCGUGUGAAAACCUUGCAUCCUGCCGUCCAUGCUGGAAUCUUGGCUCGUAAUAUCCCAGAAGAUAAUGCUGACAUGGCCAGACUUGAUUUCAGUCUUAUAAGAGUUGUCGUCUGCAAUCUGUAUCCCUUUGUGAAGACAGUGGCUUCUCCAGAUGUAACUGUUGAACAGGCUGUUGAGCAGAUUGAUAUUGGCGGAGUAACCCUACUGAGAGCAGCAGCCAAAAACCAUGCUCGGGUGACAGUAGUAUGUGAACCCGAGGACUAUGCAGCUGUGUCCACAGAGAUGCAGAGCUCCGACAGCAAAGACACCUCCUUGGAGACCAGACGUCAGUUAGCCUUGAAGGCCUUCACUCAUACGGCACAAUAUGAUGAAGCAAUUUCAGAUUACUUCAGGAGACAGUAUAGUAAAGGAAUAUCUCAGAUGCCUUUGAGGUAUGGAAUGAACCCUCAUCAGACUCCUGCCCAGUUAUACACGCUGAAGCCCAAGCUUCCCAUCACAGUUCUAAAUGGAGCCCCUGGAUUUAUAAACUUGUGUGAUGCUUUGAAUGCCUGGCAGCUGGUGAAGGAACUCAAAGAAGCUUUAGGCAUUCCAGCUGCUGCCUCUUUCAAACAUGUCAGCCCAGCAGGUGCUGCUGUUGGAAUUCCACUCAGUGAAGACGAGGCCAAAGUCUGCAUGGUCUAUGAUCUGUAUAAAACGCUUACACCCAUAUCAACUGCAUAUGCAAGAGCAAGAGGGGCUGAUAGGAUGUCUUCAUUUGGUGACUUUGUUGCAUUAUCUGAUGUUUGUGAUGUUCCUACUGCCAAAAUUAUCUCCAGAGAGGUAUCUGAUGGUAUUGUUGCCCCAGGAUAUGAAGAUGAAGCUUUGAAAAUACUUUCUAAAAAAAAAAAUGGAAACUACUGUGUUCUUCAGAUGGAUCAGUCCUACAAUCCAGAUGAAAACGAAGUUCGAACUCUCUUUGGUCUUCGUUUAAGUCAGAAGAGAAAUAAUGGUGUCAUUGACAGGUCAUUAUUUAGCAACGUUGUGACCAAGAAUAAAGAUUUGUCAGAGUCUGCGCUCAGAGACCUCAUUGUAGCCACCAUUGCUGUGAAGUACACGCAGUCUAACUCCGUGUGCUAUGCCAAGAAUGGUCAGGUUAUUGGCAUUGGAGCAGGACAGCAGUCUCGAAUACACUGCACACGCCUUGCAGGGGAUAAAGCAAAUUAUUGGUGGCUUAGACAUCAUCCACAAGUCCUUUCAAUGAAGUUUAAAACUGGAGUGAAGAGAGCAGAAAUCUCCAAUGCCAUUGAUCAGUAUGUUACUGGAACCAUUGGCGAGGAUGAGGAUUUGAUAAAGUGGAAGGCAUUGUUUGAAGAAGUGCCUGAAUUAUUAACUGAAGCAGAGAAGAAGGAAUGGGUUGACAAACUUAGUGAAGUUUCUCUCAGCUCUGAUGCCUUCUUUCCUUUCAGGGAUAAUGUAGACAGAGCUAAAAGGAGCGGUGUGGCCUACAUUGCUGCUCCUUCUGGUUCUGCUGCUGACAAAGUUGUGAUUGAGGCUUGCGAUGAAUUGGGAAUAAUCCUUGCUCAUACGAAUCUUCGGCUCUUUCAUCACUGAUUUCAUUGCCCCAUAUUUUAUGGUUUGCUUAUGUGUAGGUGAAAAACCACAUGUAACAUUAUGACAGUAUCUUUUUUAAAAAAUAAAACAUUAAGUCUUAGUCGUCUUGGA